GAAGCCUAAGUAGCAAUAACUCCACUGCGUGUCAUAUUGCAUGGCUGAUCAUUUCUUUAACGUUACCCCAAGCGACAAUCCUCCUCCUUCAGAAAACUUCUCCCCCACUGGCUCUGCUAGUGGUAAUGUACUAUCACCUCGUAGGCAUCCGAAUUUUCGAGGAAUUCGGCAAAGGAACGGUAAAUGGGUGUCUGAAAUUCGCGAGCCUCGAAAAACUACGCGUAUUUGGCUAGGUACCUUCUCCACUCCUGAGAUGGCUGCUGCUGCAUAUGACGUUGCAGCUUUGGCAUUAAAAGGUCCUGAUGCUCCCUUAAAUUUCCCAGAUUCCGCUUACUCGUAUCCCGUCCCGGCUUCUCUUUCGGCCGUGGACAUUCGUGCUGCUGCUGCAAAUGCUGCUGCUGCUAGAGCACCUCCAAUUUCAGAAAGCAAUAGUCAUGAAGUACUGGCUUAUACUGGAAAUUAUGAAGGGGCGUCGACUACUGUAGCAGCUACAUUUGUGGAUGAAGAGGAAAUUUUUGGAAUGCCGAAAUUGCUGGACGAAAUGGCAGAGGCAAUGCUUGUUAGCCCGCCAAGGAUGCAUCAGUCAACAUCUUACGAUGAAUCACCAGAAAAUUCUGAUGCAGAUAAUCUCUGGAGCUAUCCUUAAAUUAUUAUGGCCCCCAUGUACAGUCCAGAACUAGAAUAACGGAACCACUAUUACUACAAGUUAAGUGUGCAUUUGCUUUUUUGGCCAAGUAGUCCUUGACAAAUAGUUUUCGGUAAGGACGUGCGUUUGGAUGUGAACAAGUGCUUGUAUUUCCUUUUUCUUCCUUUCAGCAAGAAAGGAAGUUACUUUUCUUUUAUUGAAAACAAUUAAUUAUGACUUCUCAAAAAUUAAAACUAUUAAUUCAGAAGUCAAAGGAAAUUGUUUUCAAUUUUUGCGUAACUUCUUCAAAAUGAAUACACCCAUAUAAACUUGGUGUAUGGACUCUCAUUAUUGUUUAUAGUUGAGAAGUCCCUUUUCUUGUAAUGUACGAGUAAUUAAUCUUGAUGAAGUCUGUUGGGUAAACUUAAAACUGUACUAAUACGGAUGAAGCAGUAGUCAUAAAAAAAUAUGUCUUC